CCCACCCCCACCCUUCCCUCUCUCUCUGAAAUCAAAGAUCGACAAUAUUUGCAAAGAGUGGCUGACUGUUUUGUCUUCGAACUUCCAAGGAUAGCAUUAACAUCUUGAGUGGUAAAAAUGUUGCAGUCAAGAUUUAGAGGUGGUGUUGUGCUCUUGUGGUUACUAGCUUGGACUCCAAUAGCGGAAUCAGCGAUAGGAGUGAACUGGGGCACGGUUUCAUCCCAUAGGUUGAAGCCAUCUACAGUGGUGGGUCUCUUGAAAGACAACAAGAUCCCGAAAGUGAAGCUGUUUGAAGCAGAGCCUGAUGUUCUUAAGGCUCUUAUGGGAAGUGGGAUUCAGGUCAUGGUUGGAAUCCCCAAUGAGAUGUUGUCUCUGUUAGGUUCUUCCCCUUCUGCUGCUGAUUUGUGGGUUCGCCAGAAUGUUUCGUCGUAUAUAGGUAAAGGUGGUGCGGAUAUCAGGUAUGUUGCAGUUGGAAACGAGCCAUUUCUGACAAGUUAUAAUGGCCAAUUUCAAAACUUGGUCAUGCCUGCAAUGCUCAAUCUACAGCAGUCUUUAGUUAAAGCUAAUCUUGCUGGUUAUGUAAAAUUAGUGGUACCUUGCAAUGCAGAUGCCUAUGAGGCUACACUUCCUUCUCAAGGUACAUUCCGUCUUGAACUGGCCCAAAUUAUCAGUCAACUUGUUCAGUUUCUCAAUGCAAAUGGUUCCCCAUUCGUAGUAAAUAUCUACCCAUUUUUAAGCCUUUAUGAUAACGGUGAUUUUCCCCAAGACUAUGCAUUCUUUGAGGGAAGUACUCAUCCAGUCACCGAUGGCACCAACAUUUACACCAAUGCAUUUGAUGGAAACUAUGACACCUUAGUUGCAGCCCUUGAUAAAAUUGGAUAUGGUCAAAUACCGAUAGUGAUUGGGGAAAUUGGUUGGCCCUCGGAUGGAGCUAUUGGUGCAAAUAUUACCGCAGCAAAAGUUUUCAACCAAGGUCUCAUAAAACAUAUCAUGAGUAACAAAGGGACCCCUUUAAGGCCAGGUGCUCCUCCCAUGGAUGUCUAUAUAUUCAGUCUACUUGAUGAAGGAGCGAAAAGCACCCUUCCUGGAAACUUUGAAAGACAUUGGGGGAUUUUCUCUUUUGAUGGACUGGCUAAAUAUCCACUGAACCUUGGCCUUGGAAACAAGGAAUUGAAGAAUGCUAAGAAUGUUGAAUAUCUUCCAUCUAGAUGGUGUGUUGCUAAUCCCUCAACCGAUCUGACGAAAGUGGCGAAUCACAUGAGAAUUGCCUGUAGUGUUGCAGAUUGCACAACACUUAACUAUGGCGGUUCAUGUAACGAGGUAGGGGAGAAGGGUAACAUCUCAUAUGCUUUCAACAGUUACUAUCAGUUGCAAAUGCAAGAUUCGCGAAGCUGUGAUUUCGAUGGCCUUGGCAUGGUGACUUUCCUAGAUCCUUCAGAUGGGGAUUGCCGUUUUCUUGUGGGAGUCACAGAUAAAGGCUCCAAUUCAUCUAGUUCUAAAGCAGCAAUUUGUUGGUAUGUCCUAGUGUUAUUUUUUAUUCUAUAAUAGAUGUUUUCAUUUUCUAUCUGGACAGAAGGUUUCGUUGGUGGUUUUUUCAUGUUCUCCUCUUCUGAAACUAUUAGAAACUUGGGAUUAGGUGAGAUUCAUAUAUUUAUAACAGUUGAUGUCAGAAAUAUUCAAAAACAUUCUAAGAUAUUGUAGUUCAGCCCGUGAUG